ACAGAGCGAACAAGGAAAGCCGCACUUGCGAGGAUGUCGAACAUAGAGCGCUGAAGAGGGACGGCAAGUGGAAUAGGGCUCGUAGGCCUUGGCUAAUAUACUCUAGGUGUGACACUAGAUUGAGAGGGAAAAAGAGGAAAGAAGAGACUCUGCUUGCGCUUCUUCCUGUUGCUGAAUCUGCGACGGUAAUGGCAGCCGCGAUUCUCUCGCGCCACUCGGCUCAUUCCAACACUUGCCUGUGAUUUUUCCCUAUUAAUCUUGCUUAGUAUUGGGUUUCGUUGCUAACAUUUAGUGGUCCUUGUGAUAGUUGCGUUAUUCAUGUGAACGUGACUACGAGCGACUCAACCAUGUUUACGAGCAUUGUGAAAAGAAGUCAUUUUUGCGCUCUGGUUCUACUGUUUUACAGAGUCGAAGGCCUUGGUCUUCUUUUAGACGAGGAAAAAGAACCAACCUACCUUACCGGAGCUGUUGGCGAGUAUGUCGUCUUCGAUUGUGAUCUCGAUUUUCCACAUGAUAUACCCAUACCUUACAUACUGCAUUGGAAUCGCGAUGGCCGGACGGUGUUCUCGUGGUACGACGGCUCGGUGUCCGCGGGCGACGGCUACGCUGACCGCAUACAGUUGAUCGAGGACGCACAGGCGCGGGGAUACGGCCAAGGCAGCGUCAACCUCACCAACAUCAGGGAGAGCGACCAAGGUUGGUACGAGUGCAGGGUCAUAUUUCCAAACAGGACGCCGAGCUCUAGGAACAAUGGCACGUGGUUUCAUCUUGCAAUUGACGGUGUGUUGCCGCCGUCGCCCAAUGUUCCAGGCGAGACGCUUCUGGCCAUUCCACCAAUUAAUAAAACUGUUAUGGAAGGAGCCUCGGUGGCCUUCGACUGCGUCACCAAGAACAACAAGUCGACCAUCGCCUGGUACCGCGAGGGACUGGAGAUAACGAAACAACAGGAUCUGCGAGAACGAAUUACUAUCCAUACCGAUGGAAAAUUGACAAUAAAUCCAUCACUAAUGGGUGAUCUUGGCGAAUAUAGUUGCACAGUUACUAACGAGUAUGGCGAUACACAAAGUGCAUCUGCAUAUUUAAAUGUUCAAUAUAAAGCAAAGGUUAUAUAUGCGCCAAAUGAAGUGUAUCUACCUUAUGGGAAACAUGCUCUUUUGGAUUGUCACUUUCGAGCUAAUCCACCAUUGACGAACUUACGCUGGGAGAAGGAUGACUUUCUUUUCGAUCCAUACAAUGUUCAAGGUGUUUUUUACAGAAGAAAUGGUUCUCUUUUCUUUAAUAAAGUUGAUGAGAGUCAUGCUGGGAAAUACAGCUGCACACCAUAUAAUGCUUUAGGUACCGACGGACCCAGCCCACCAAUUACAGUCAUAGUCCAACGACCUCCAGUAUUUACGGUAACGCCUCAACAUCUUUACAUGCGUAAGCUUGGAGAUACUUUGGAAAUUCCGUGCGAUGCAAGAGAUGGCGAUCUUAAUCAUCGGCCAACAAUAGUUUGGUAUAAAGACGGAACACCGCUACCACCAGACAGAAUACUAAUGAGAGGAGGAAAUUUAACGAUUGAAAGGAUUCAAGAGCAAGAUAGAGGUAUGUAUCAAUGCGCGGCAAGUAACGAAGCUGCCACAGUGGUUGCGGACGCUGAGCUAAUGGUUCUAAAUGUGCCACCACGAGCCCCGUACAAUUUAAGUGCCAACAGUACAAAAAAUGCCGUGACGUUAACGUGGGUGCCAGGAUACGUCCGGCCAAAAAUGGAAUAUUCCAUAUGGUACAGACCAACAGACACGUCAGAAUGGAGAACAAUGAGAAUAGUUUCGAGAAAGAUUACAGAAGCGACAGUUGCCAAUCUGACUCCUGGGAAAGAAUAUGAAUUUAUGGUACUUAGCCAGGAUAAGCAUGGCGAUGGGAUGUUCAGCAAAACUGUGCGCGUAUUUACGCAGCCUAAUUCUAAUAUUCUCAACAUUGCAUCCGAAUUCCAACGUUCAAAAGACGAUAAUGAAAUGGAACCACCGCGUAAUAUUAAAGUUCAGGCAACGGUGGAAGGAUACCUUGUCACUUGGGAUCCUCCUUUCAAUGGGAAAAAUCAAGUGAAAUUUUAUACCGUAAGAUGGUUCAGGGGGCCUUCCGAGUACCUAUAUGGUAGAGCAGAAACUACCGAUACGUAUUAUCUAGUAAAAUCAUUGGAAGAGGAAAAUUUUUACACUUUUGAAGUAGUGGCUACGUCGACGGCCGAGGAUAUAACAGUGAGUGAACGUUUUACUUUGGAAGUUCCGGCCUAUCGAAGAAAUCGCGCCAUUUCCAUGGGAAUAGUUGCUGGAAUAGCAUUCUUAGCUGCAGCACUGGGAGCUAUUUGGUGGGCGAAGAAGCGUUACUGUCAAAGUUCACCUAGAGAAAAAUGA